AUGGAGUUAGCCUUUGAAACGGUGGCACAUCUGAGUCUGCGUGAGUUGAUUCUUUCUGAGAACCAACUUCGUCGCCUAGACCCUCGUUUCAGUGAUCUAUUCCACCCGGGCCGUCGCACACCCACAACUGGGCUUGGCGGUCGCGAUGCCUCGCAAUUGGCCUCCACCUCAUGGAUUCUCAGUGGCUGGGGUCUGCUCGACUUGACUCACAACCCAUUGGACUGCGUCUGUGAGAUGGCCUGGCUGGCUGAACUGAUCGAAGCAGAGUAUCAGGAUCAGAUCAGCCUACAGUCAGCCUUCGAGACUGGCCGACGUUCGACACGCAGUCUUGAGGACACCGGAGGGCCUGCAACCACCGUCUUGAGCGGUACUGGUAGCGAUGCGUCAAGCGGCAAUUCGCUAGGCGAUACUGGUCAUGUCCGCCGGAUGUCCGAAUUGAAUUUAACUUGCGCCGGACCACCUGCACUACGAGGCAAGCGGCUGCCUAAAACACGAGGGUUGCUAUGCCCUGCUCCCAUGGUAACCGGUAUCGAAGUCCAGUUAUACCCGACUGAGAUGAAUUUGGCCCAACUUACGUGUGUUGCCAAGGCCCAGACACCGCCGAGGCUCAUGUGGGCCUUUCAAGUUGAAAAUCAGGUGAAUCAUCUCUCUGAUUUCAGUAGUAUCAUCAUGCAAAUGUGA